GGCUGAUAUAUAUGUUAAACAGGCCUUAUUUGACUUCAAAAUCAAACAAUUAUUAUUCCUCUAAGAUGUUGGCUACUAAUGAUGUCAUUAAAUCUCAGUAUGAUACAUUACUAGAUAAACAAUCAAUUAAUUCAUGGCUUCCAUUGCCACAUCCAUGUGUAUUCACUUCAAAUUGGUCAUCUCUUCAUUUUGAUUUAACUAAAAAUUAUCCAUUAUCUUGUUUACAUUCAAAACAUACAUCUGAAUCAAAUUCCACAUUAACACUAAAAGAAUCCUGUUUAAAUGUUCAUAAACUUGGAUCUAUGACAAAUGAAUCAACUUUAAACAAUGAUCAUUAUAUAGAAGUGAAUGAAGAUUGUGAAACAGAUUCAAAUAUGAUUCAGAAUGAAAACAAUACAAAUAAACACCUUAAUAAAGAAUAUGAAACUCUACCAGAAGUAAAGAAACCAAUAUUAUCAACUCAUAAAGGUAUAACUAAUAAUUAUAUAACAAUCAAAAAAUUUACAAUCCGUGAAACAACAAAUUUAUUAAAAACAUGGUUAAAUAAUCAUCGUCAUAAUCCAUAUCCAACAAAAAAUGAAAAAAUUAAAUUAUCUAUUAUAACUAAUUUAAGUUUAACACAAAUUUCAACAUGGUUUGCUAAUGCUAGAAGAAGAUUAAAAAAAGAUAAUCAAAUGACAUGGAUACCAAAAAUACGUCAUCAUAGGAUAGUAACUAAUUCAAUCAAUUUAAAUAAUAAUAAUAAUAAAAUACAAAUUAGUCAAAAACAAGGUGGUGGUGAUAAUAAUGAUAAUAAUAAGGUUAAUAUGGAUCAAUUAUCACAAACGAAAUCUCAAUUAAAAUCAACAAUAAUAAGAGAUUGUUUAAUUAAUCCAUUCAAUACUAAUCAUCAUCAUCUUCAUCAUCACAACUAUCACCACCACCACCACCACCACCAUCAUCAUCAUCAUUCUCCUCAUUUGACAUCAUUCAAAAAUCAAUUAAUUUUGAAAUAUUUUCUAAAUAAAACUAUCCAGCAACAAGAAGAAGAAGACGGAGAAGAAGAGCAACAACAACAACAACAAGAACCACCAUCACCACAACAAGAAUGUCUACAAUUCAAAGAGAAAUUUAAUAAUAAUAAUAAUGAUGAUGAUCAGAUCAAUUUAUCUAAUGAGAAUUCUAUAAUCAAUAAUGAUCAUAGUAACAAUGAUUAUCAUUUAUGGUAUAAUGAUUAUCAUACUAAAUUAAUCCAUAUAAUCAAUCAAUUAAAUUGUGAAAAUAUUGAUCAAUAUCCAUUAUUCUACGGAUCAUUAUCGAAAUUAACUACAUAUAAUAAUACUACUAUUAAUAAUAAUAAUAAUAGAAUAGUAAGAGAUGAUCAAACAUCACAAUUAUGUAAUCCUUCAUCAAAAAUAUGGUCAGUUGCUGAUGUCAUCGAUGUAUAAUUAAAUCAUAGAAGAGUAUUGAUGAAAUGAAUAAUGUUCUCUUUACCUUUUUUUCUCUUUUUGUUUCUGUAUCUGGGACACUUUGAUUACGUAAUGUUUGUUAAAAUUAUUAUUAUUAUUAUUAUUAUUAUUAUUAUUAUUAUUAUUAUUAUUAUUAUUAUUAUUAUUCAUAAUACUUACAUAUAUGUCUAUUAUCAGAAGGGGUUUACGGAGAUUUUAGAAAUUUCACUGAAUGAAGUCAUGAGUCAGUUGAAGCUAGACCAACAUAGAAGCACUGGACGGCCCUUUCGUCCUAGUAUAGGACUCCUCAGCAUUGCGCAUUCAUGUUACCAGUGGAGUUCAACCAGGUCUGUUGUGAGAAAUCGACUCACUCAAGACAAUGGUAUACGUUGGCGCAACUUCGUGGAUUGGUUGAAGUUAGACAUUAACAUCAUUGGAUACCGGCUCAGUGGUCUAGUUGGUUAAGCGCUUGGCGCGAGACUGAUAGGUCCUGAAUUCGGAUCUCGCGGGGUGCGGGAUCGUGGAUGCGCACUGCUGAGGAGUAUCAUGCCAGGACGAGAAGGCUAUCCAGCGCUUCCAGGUUUUCCAUGGUGAUCUAGCUUCAAAUAUCUUAUGAUUUCAAUCUGUGAAAUAUAUAUCUAUUGUAAUCAUGCAAAUGAUAAUCAUAUUGUCAAUUACAUUACAUUUUAUUAAUGAUUCAAUCUGGAGAAUUUAGUGUUAACUAAUCAAAUUGAUUAAUGAUUAUGAUAUAACAUUUACUUUCAUUAAUGAUAUAUUAAAUGAUAGAUGAAAUAUUUGUUGAAGAAUGGUAAAAAAGAAACGCUAAUGAUGAUAACAACAAUAACAACUUACAAUUGUAACUAUGUGAUUAGAUUGUAUAUUUGUAUGGUUUAAGUAAAAUAUGUUCCUUUUUGGUUGUACAAGGAAGGUAGUCAGAAGUUCUAUACUUGGACAUCUUACUUACUUGCUUACUUACGUCUGUUACUCCCAAUGGAGCAUAAACCAUCAAUUAGCAUUCUCUAACCCUUUCUGUCCUUAGCCUAAGAUUGUAUAUAUGAUUUGUUUAAAUCUAUCUAGAUUUCAUCAUAUCCAACGCCUAAAAAUAAACGAAACUCUUACCAUCUAUGAGAUCAAGCCAGAACGAUGAGUAUAAAAGAAGCAUGUCCUAUCAUUAUCAUUAACUUGACCUUAAUUAUUAUUACUGCAUUUCCCCCCUUGACUUAUACAACAUAUUCUCAUGAUUUUAUUCAUCAUUACUCAUGAUAUUACUUUAUUUAAUUUUAUACACCACUAUGACCUUUAAUGACCUUGAAUAGCCUUCAAUGACCUUGAAUGAUUGUAACAAAAACAUUUAAAUCAUUUUACUACAUUUACGUUCUCAUUCGUUACUAACUUAUUAAUUCUAUAGAUUAUCAUUCGUAUUACAUAAUCUAGUAUUAUAAUCUUUCUAUUACAUCAUCU